AUGGGAAUUGCUGAAGCUGGGGAGAAUAGCUUUUAUUUGGGUCUUCCCAACACUUUGGGCCGCAAUAAGACGUCUAUGCUUGGAUUCUUGAAGGAUAAAAUGAGGAAAAGAAUUCAGAGCUGGGAAGGAAGGUUCUUGUCUAAAGUAGGGAAAGAGUUGCUAAUUAAAUCUGUGGCUCAAUCAUUACCAAGCUAUGCCAUGAAUGUCUUCCUUCUACCUGUGGAAGCUUGUCCGGAAAUGGAGCAAAUGAUGUGCAAAUUCUGGUGGCAAGCUUCUGCAAAGAAUAAUAAAGGGAUACAUUGGAAGAGUUGGGAGAGAUUAACAAUUCACGAGUCUAAGGGUGGAAUGGGGUUUAGAAAUCUAAUAGACUUUAAUUUAAGCCUUCUUAGCAAGCAAGGUUGGCGCCUGUUAAGUCAGCCUGAUUCCUUGGUGGGUCGUAUUUUCAAAGCUCGUUAUUAUAAAAGUGGUAGUUUUCUAUCAGGGGAUUUGGGGUGUAAUCCGAGCUUUGUGUGGCGUAGUAUUAUGGAAGCUCAGGACAUGGUUCGGAGUGGGGUUAGGUGUCGUAUUGGGGAUGGUUCAACUGUAAACAUUCUCUUGGACCCGUGGCUGCCUGACUAUGAUAAUCCGAGAGUUUCCUCUUCUCAUCCGGCGUGA